AUGAAGAUUGUUCAGAAGCAGGUGCUGGCGCAUCCACAGAAGGAGACAUUCCAGAUGCUGGACAACGAGCAGAACACCCUAAAGAAACAGAUUGACGCCGAGCUGACGUCGCUGCAGCAGAUCGAUCAGACCUUUGUGCUGUCGCCGCACGAGAUACGCAAUGUUGUGCUGCUGCUACACGAGCUCACCAUCCAGUCGAUCCAGUUGGAGCUGUACCACGAGGAGCUGCAACUGCUGGUGCGUCCCCAGACGCCGCCACCCACGAUCGCCGCGCUCGUCGUCAUUGAGCAGCCAUUCCCUAUGGUCAUCACCAAGUGCAAGCCGCUGGAAGACGACCCGGUCGUCGUACAGCUGCUGAGCGGCACGCGCACCGAGCUGCAACUGAUUGGCAAGGUCAAGGCCACGAUGAUUGUUGAGAACCAGCAAAACUCCAAGACUAGCUCGACGCCAAAGACCAUCGAGACGGAAGUCGUAAGCAUGGACGAGACACAGCGAUUGGCCAAGUAUCACCUCAAGUUCCUGAACGGCACGAGAAAGAACCCUGUCACGCUCAAGUUUGGCAUGCAGGUGCAGGUCGUUGGCGGCACACCCGUCAACAUCGAGUCGCCGCCCACCAGCCCGUUCAUUGUCAUCACCAACGAGUGCCAGUACGAAGAGAGUGACGGCACGCUGCUAAAGAAGGACAGCUUUGGUAAUAAUGCCGAGAUCGCCUGGGCGUCCUACGCCAACAAGUUGCAGAGACACUUCCUGCGCGCCACCCGCCAGGAUUCGAUCAAGCCCACGCGAUACCUGGCACGCCACGAGCUGAUGUACCUGCAUCAACAGUUCUUUGGCGGCCGUCCCGCCAUCACACAGUCGCUAUUUGACACGUUCUGGACCUGGUUCGGCAAGGGCCUCCAAAAGCUGCGAUACCAACGCCACAUCUGCUCCAUGUGGCAGUCGGGUCUGAUCUACGGCUUCAUCUCGCGACAGAGCGUGGAGGAGGCUUUGCGCAACGAGGAGAACGGCACCUUCCUGAUCCGUUUCAGUGAACGACACGCAGGCCACUUUGCCAUUGGAUACAAGGUGGACGACCCUGAUAUUGAGAAGAGGAUCAGACAUUAUCUGGUGAAGGCCGAUGACACUGCCGGCGCAAAGAAGACACUGCCAGACUUCUUGGCAGAGUGUCCUCAAUUCACAAAGAUUCUGCAGUUGACCAUUGAUCCAAUGUCAGGUGAACCAAGACUAAGGAACUUCCCAAAGGAUGUAGUGUUGGAACCAUACUACUCUAAGCGUGAAGCAUUACCAGCAACAAAUGGAUACGACUCAUUACCAGUACUCAAUUAG